UUCCUUUUUCCAGGUCACAAGCUCAACAAGGAUCUGAAGCACUUCUUGAGCCUGAGGUUUCAGAAAACAUCACCUGACCAUGAGUUGCAGAAGACUAUCCGAGCCAAUUUAUAUCGCCACGCUGUGCCUUGUACGACCCGUCCCCCUCGAGACGGAGAGGUCCCAGGGUUGGAUUACAACUUCCUGUCUGUGGAGGACUUCCUACAACUGGAGGAGAGUGGCACACUACUGGAAGUAGGAACAUAUGAAGGUAACUAUUAUGGGACCCCAAAGCCUCCAAGGCAGCCCAUCAUUGGGACAGUGACUCUCAGUGAUGCGGGCUCCCAUCCGUCUACUCCGAAGCGCACCAAGUCCUACCAUGACAUGCAAAAAGUCCAUGUAGUGCCUGCUGACGACGACGAUGACGACCAGGCCACGGAAAUGAACAACAGUUUUACAGGAUCCUUAGUGCGUAGUCUGUUCCCCUCUCCUUUGUUGUGCACAGGUAACCCUAACGACCAGGACGAGAGCCGCAGCGGCAUCCUCCGGCCGUACCCCGUGCGUGAUAAUGCUCUACCCUGUGGUCUGAACAAUGCAGCCACUUCCACUGCAGAGAGCGGGCAGCAGACGCUUGCAGAGCCCCAAGUCUCUCCAGAGGACCCUCUGGGACCGCUGCCCGAAAACUGGGAGAUGGCCUACACCGAGAACGGGGAACUGUACUUCAUAGACACGGCAAAGACUCUCCACCAGGACAUGGCUGUGUGUUUUCAGAGCUUCCACAACACAAAGACCACAUCCUGGCUGGAUCCUCGGUGUAGAGACAAAGCCCCCCGGCCUCUGGAAGAGUGUGAUGAUGAUGAAGAAGGGAUACAUACGGAAGACCUGGAGAGUGAUCUAGAGCUGCCUCCAGGAUGGGAGAGAAUAGAUGACCCGGUGUAUGGAGUGUAUUAUGUGGACCAUAUAAACAGGAAGACCCAGUAUGAGAACCCAGUGUUGGAGGCGCGGCGUCAAAAAAUCCUGGAACAGCAGCAACCGCCGCAGCCUCCAGAAGGUGAGCGGUAUAUCCGAGAGUGGAUAGAGGAACACUCAUCAGCAGCAGCUCCACUGGCAAGCUAUGCUCCAAACCACCUGGAGACCUACAGGGACCCACAAGUCCCACCAGCUCUACCUCCUGGCCCGGUUGGAGUUAAGAGAGGGAAACCUUUCUUCACCAGAAAUCCUGCAGAGCUGAAAGGAACCUUCAUCAAUACCAAGCUGAAGAAAAGCCGCCGUGGAUUCGGCUUCACGGUAGUUGGAGGUGACGAGCCUGAUGAGUUCCUGCAGAUCAAAAGUCUGGUCCUGGACGGGCCUGCAGCUGUGGAUGGCAAAAUGGAGACAGGUGACGUGAUCGUCAGUGUGAAUGACACCAUCGUGCUGGGCUACACUCAUGCACAGGUGGUGAAGAUUUUCCAGUCCAUCCCUAUCGGCUCAAUGGUGGACCUAUCCUUAUGCCGUGGCUAUCCGCUGCCGUUUGACCCCGAUGACCCCAACACCAGCCUAGUGACAUCUGUGGCGAUUUUGGACAAAGAGCCGAUCAUUGUCAAUGGACAAGAGACUUUUGACGCACCCACCAACCAGGCCGGACCCAUCAAUGGAAUGCGAGAGCCACGGCCGCACAGCCCCCUGGCCGAGGUAGCCUCCAAUGGUUCACACGGCUACUCCAGUGAUGUGGUCACCCUGGCUUCAGCCAUUGCCACCCAGCCAGAACUGAUCACCAUCCACAUGGAGAAGGGAGACAAAGGGUUUGGGUUCACCAUCGCUGACAGUCUGACGGGAGGUGGACAGAGGGUCAAGCAGAUCGUGGACUAUCCUCGGUGCCGUGGCCUGAAAGAGGGGGACAUCCUGAUGGAGGUCAGCAAGAGAAAUGUCCAGAAUAUGAGCCACAACCAAGUGGUGGAUCUGCUCAGCAAAUGUCCGAGAGGCAGCGAAGUCACCAUGUUAGUGCAAAGAGGCGUGGUGCCAGCCAAGAGAAGCCCAAAGCUGGUGCACCAGUUGGAGAGAAAGGACAGUCAGAGCAGCUCCCAGCACAGCGUGUGCAGCCAUCGCAGCGCCCACACCGACUCUCCUAGCCACCCACCCUCUGCCAUGCCCAGUGAGGCGGUGGUCCCAACUCCAGCAGCUCCCACACAGCCUCUGCCGGUCUUGCCCCCCCAGGACCCCGCAGAUGGCACUCUCACCCUCCAGAAGAAGCCAGACCCUUUCAAGAUCUGGGCCCAGUCCAGGAGCAUGUAUGAAAGUCGACUGCCAGAUUGCCAGGAGCAAGACAUUUUCCUGUGGCGAAAGGAUACUGGUUUUGGCUUCCGCAUUUUGGGAGGAAAUGAGCCUGGGGAACCUAUCUACAUUGGGCACAUAGUGAAGUACGGGGCUGCAGAUGAAGAUGGCCGCUUGCGGUCUGGUGAUGAGCUCAUCUGUGUGGAUGGCACAGCGGUAGUGGGAAAGUCACACCAGCUGGUGGUUCAGCUGAUGCAGCAGGCUGCCAAACAGGGUCAUGUCAACCUCACGGUCAGACGCAAGACCGCCGGAUACGGAGUGUCAAAGGGAGAAGGUGACGUUCCCCCAUCGCCGGCCUCCUCACACCACAGCAGCACCCAGGCUCCCAGCCUAACAGAAGGCAAGCGGACCCCUCAGGGGAGUCAGAACUCACUGAACACAGUCAGUUCUGGCAGUGGAUCUACCAGCGGCAUAGGCAGUGGCGGUGGAGGCGGCAGCGGGAGCGCUGUGAUUCCGGCCUCUCUGCAGCCUUACGACGUGGAGAUCCAGCGGGGAGAAAACGAAGGUUUCGGUUUUGUGAUUGUGUCGUCCGUCUCCCGGCCUGAUGCUGGCACCACAUUCGCUGGAAAUGCUUGUGUGGCAAUGCCCCACAAAAUAGGCCGCAUCAUAGAGGGCAGCCCGGCGGACCGCUGCGGGAAGCUGAAGGUCGGGGACCGGAUUCUGGCCGUUAACGGUUGCUCCAUCACGAACAAGUCGCACUCGGACAUUGUCAACCUGAUCAAGGAGGCUGGCAACACCGUCUCACUCAGGAUCAUUCCGGGCGAUGAAUCUUCCAAUGCUUCUCUGCUGACUAAUGCAGAUAAAAUAGCUACCAUCACCACCACACACACACCUCAGACCACAGAGUCAAGGAAUCAUUCAAAGUCAAAAGGUGCUCCUCCACCACCUCCUUCACAAACUCAAAUGCAGGAUGCCGAGUACUAUUCUGUGGACCUUGAGAGGGACAGCAAAGGAUUUGGCUUCAGCCUAAGGGGAGGCCGGGAGUACAACAUGGACCUUUACGUGCUGAGACUAGCCGAGGAUGGGGCUGCUGUCAGAAACGGCAAGAUGAGGGUGGGAGAUGAGAUUCUGGAGAUUAACGGUGAGAGCACAAAGAACAUGAAGCAUUCACGAGCCAUUGAACUGAUCAAGAACGGAGGUCGGAGGGCGCGGCUUGUCCUGAAGAGAGGCGAUGGAUCUGUACCUGAAUAUGACGGCAGCAGUGACGGGCACCCUCCCACACCCAGGGCACAAAACACUCCGGAAGUGAGAACGUUGCCACCAAAAAGCCGGUACCACACCUCAUUGGAGUCCAGUUAUCCACCAGACCUUCACAAACCAUCACGCCUGGAGGAGGCUGCACGUGGCCGAGGUAUGGACAAAAACAGGGACUGGGCUGGCUCGGAUCUGAUGGACUUCCACGGCCGGCAGUUUAAUCCCCAUCAUCAUCACACCUGGAAUAACAGUCACAGUCAAAGUACCCUCCGACAGCAGUCUCCCGACAACAACGACAGCAACACUGGCAACAAGAAGAGCCGAGGCCACAAAGUCAAGAAGUCUGAAUCGGAGAGUGGUAUCUCCAAGCUCCUGAAAACUCUGAGGAAGGACAACUCGGGAAAGAAGGCUGCUGCUGCCGAAAAACUGCGGGGUCGAGAGCCCUCGAGCAGCAGUUCUACCUUGGACAGAAGGUUUCAGUUGCACCGUCGUGGCUCCCUCGAUCGCUCACCAACCAGGAAGCGCAACUCGUCUCCAGAUCGUCGGCGGGCAAAAUCCAUGGACCGCAGGGCAGAGCGUGCGCACCGGGACCACACACCUGAGAAGGAGUACGAUGAUGGAGGGUUCCUCUCGGUCACCCCUGAGCGGAAACUCUUUGAACGGAAGCUCCUCAAGGAGUCCCAGGUAGCUGGACGAGUGAGCGAGUCGUCCACCCCAGAGCGCGUCAACAACAGAGGGGAUUCUCUCCCCAGAGGCCGUGCGUAUGAGAAAGCUACCAAGAACGGCAAUCUUCUGAGAGACUCUUCCUCGGAGAGGAAGGAGGAGAGGUACCGGAUGAACGGGACAAUGGAGAGGCGAUACAGAUCGGAGCGGGACUCUUCCCCUGACAGCAACUAUAGCCGGGGUGAGCUGAACUAUGCAGCAGCGCCCAGACUGAAGGACUACUACAGCAUGAUGAAGAACAACGCUGCACACAACAAUGCUACCUACAACAAGACAGGACCCAUCAAUAACGCCGGAGGCCGCAGCUCAAACCAGAUCCCUGAGCCCAAGAGAAGGCUGUACAAAGAAAAUUCUAAAGACCUCAGUAUCUAGAGGGAGGAAGAGUACCCUCGCUGCUCUCUCCUCUGUCCGUGCAAACUACGUAACAUACACUGGAAUUGGACUUGUAACAAUACUAACUCUUAUUCUUUAUUUGGUUGAAUUGUUUAUGAAUUGAUUUGAUUGACUAAACUACUUGUGGUCCCAUCUAGAGAUUUAUAAAAACAGCAGGAGUACAAUCCCUCUAUCAGUUUAUACUGGUUGUGUUGUCAUUGUUCUUGUUAUUUUGAGCAUAACAGAGGUUGUUGUACUGUAGUAAAGGUAUUGUAUGUGCCUGCAUAUGAAAUCAGUAAUAUUGCUUUUUGUAGGCAUUGUUGACUUUAAAUAUUUGUUCCCUUCAGAGGUCUGAAUAAUGCUUCCAUUUGUGGUAAAUCCUAAGUCCUGAGCUUGUUUUUGAAAUGAUUUUAGGUGUCCUUUUUGCUCCUGAAUUACUGACACUAUAGCUACUGAUGGUUCACAAGAACUGUGGGAGUAAAGCAAAGCUCUACAUUUAAAUUGGAUGGCGAAACUAGAGCGUUAAAUUAUAAAUAAUAAUAAUAUAUGAAAUUUCUAAUUUUGCUCUAUUUAUUUUGAAUUUCACUCACAUCUUGAGUGAGCUUAAUUAAAUCUUUAAGGGCUGAGGUAGAAGUGUAAGCAUGCUGUACUUCAACUUGUGUUGCAUCAUUGUUUGACAGCCCAUAUUAAUAUUUUCAGUGACUCUGAGGCCCUUUCUACACUAACACAGAUGUUUUCUGCUGUGCUUCCACCUUCUAUCCACAGACUUUCCGAUUAAAAAAAU